UGAUCACAUCUCCCACCUCUCACGCUUCUUCUCUCUCCACCAAAAAUUAAAGGCAGCCAGCCAUUUUGCUGAUGGCUAGAAGAGAGAGAACAACCUUCACCUUCCUCCUCACCACCAUUGCAGCACUUAUCCUGCUAGUGCACGUUUCCGUGGCAACGCGUGCUGAUGAGGAGGAAGAAGCCGACAGAAUCGCAGCGCUCCCGGGCCAGCCGAAGGUCGGGUUCCACCAAUUUUCCGGCUAUGUCACCGUCAACGCUGCUGCCGGCCGCGCACUCUUCUACUGGCUCACGGAGGCGGUUGAGCACCCCGAGUCGAAGCCCCUUGUUGUUUGGCUCAACGGAGGGCCAGGAUGUUCAUCGGUGGGGUACGGUGCGUCGGAGGAGAUCGGACCCUUCAGAAUCAACAAAACCUCAUCUGGUUUAAAUCUGAACAAGUUUGCAUGGAACAAAUUAGCCAACUUACUCUUUUUAGAAACUCCAGCUGGCGUCGGUUUCUCUUACACCAACAGAUCCUCCGACCUCUUCGACACCGGCGAUCGCCGCACCGCGAAGGAUUCACUUCAAUUUUUGGUGCGGUGGCUGGAUCGAUUCCCUCGCUACAAGAAUCGUGAGAUUUAUUUGAGCGGCGAGAGCUAUGCCGGCCACUAUGUUCCUCAAUUGGCUAAGCAAAUUGUCGACUACAACGCCCAUGCUAACCACAAAAUUAACCUCAAGGGCUUCUUGGUGGGAAAUGCGGUGACCGACAAUCACUACGACAACCUUGGCACGGUGAACUACUGGUGGAGCCACGCCAUGAUCUCCGACAAGACCUAUCGCCGGCUAAUGAGCACGUGUGACUUUCAGCGCCAGAAGGAGUCCAACGAGUGCGAGUCCCUAUAUUACUAUGCCAUGGACCAAGAGUUUGGCAACAUUGACCAGUAUAACAUCUAUGCCCCACCCUGCUCCGUUAAUAGCUCCCGCUCCACCUCUCGUCACACCAUGCGCCUCCCCCACCAUCCUCGCGCGGGUUUGAUGAGACAGCUGGCGGGAUACGACCCGUGCACGGAGAAAUAUGCGGAAAUUUACUAUAACAGGCCCGACGUGCAAAAGGCGCUUCAUGCUAACGUAAGCGGACGGAUUCCGUAUGCAUGGACUGCUUGCAGUGAGACUUUGAAUCGAAAUUGGAAUGACUCGGAUGCCUCAAUUCUCCCUAUAUACAGAGAAUUAAUUGCAGCUGGAUUGAGAAUUUGGGUGUUUAGUGGGGAUGUGGAUUCAGUUGUGCCAGUGACUGCAACAAGAUAUUCCUUAGCACAACUUAAGUUGGACACCAAAAUCCCUUGGUACCCUUGGUAUGUCAAGAAACAGGUGGGAGGGUGGACUGAAGUGUACAAAGGGCUAACGUUUGCAACGGUGAGAGGGGCGGGUCACGAAGUGCCCAUGUUCAAACCGAGAGCUGCGCUUCAGUUAUUCGGAUCGUUUUUGCAGGGGAAGCCCUUACCUAAAUCGUGAUUUGCAGUUUGACCUCGCCUUUUUCUUUUCUUUUCUUCGAUUUGUGGUACCUCUAGUUUAUGUUGAUCUUGGCAAAAAUCGCUGAGUUGUGUGAUGAAGAUCUAGAAUAUUUGGGCCUUAGUUUUCUUUGUCUUGAAUUUCAUUACGAUAAUUUGAUUGGAUUUUAUGAAA